CGGACGGACGUCAGCAGUAGCAGCAGCUCUCCGCUCGCUCGCCCUCCUUCUCCUCCUUCUCCUCCUCCUUCCUAGCCCCCUCCCCACAGAACACUACAGACCUCAGGCAGCAUGAGCAGAAGCAGCUGGAACUCGGACGACCGGUGGCAGGACUCGAGCGCGUCGGGCUCGGGCGCGGGCUUCGACUCGAGCGCCACGAGCGGCCUCGAGUUCCCCGUGCUGCCCACGAUCCCGUCGGGCAGCAUCGACAUCGGCGCCAUCGCGCCCGUGUUCGGCGUGGCCUCGUACGACGACGACGCCGACUAUUUGGACUACGACAAGGCCGGCCGCCCCUUCAUGGAGCAGAUGAGCGGCUCGUGCGGCACCGCCUACUUCUCGGGCAUCAUCGGCGGCGGCGCGUACGGCGCGCUCACGGGCUUCGCGCGCUCGCCCAGCACCAAGUUCAAGAUCCGCAUGAACUCGCUCAUGAACGGCGCGGCCACGCGCGGCUCCAAGGCCGGCAACGCGCUCGGCUGUCUCGCUAUGAUCUACAAGGCGUUCGAGUACGUGGCGGACUCGGCGGAGAUCGAGAACAUCGUCAAGUUCGACCAGGUGACGCCGAUCCUGGCGUCGGCGGCCACGGGCGUCUUCUACAAGUCGACGGCGGGCCCCAAGGCCAUGGUGCUGGCGGGCGCGCUGGGCGCCGGCGUCAUGACGGUGGUGCAGUUCGGCAUCAAGCCCUUCUACCCGCGACUUUAGACGCGCUGUCGGUGCGUUGGUUGCUGCUGUAGUUUUGAGCUUCAGUGGGUAAACGCGAGCCAGUCAGUUGAUGGAACUGGGCGAAUCAAGCCCGGUGUGAACGAAGGCAAGGAACUCGCUCUGAUGGCAGCGCAACCGUGGACAGAGGUUGAGAUAGACAGACAAGCAGACGGACAGACUCGUUGUUGCCGCUCCACCCGAACGCAGGAGAGGGAUAGUUAGAGGACAGACAGGACCAAAGGCGAGCUACUGUAGCCGAGCUCAGCUGGCUACGAAGGAACGACGCGGACGUGCAUAUGUAAGUUAGUACAGCGGAUUUUUCAUCUC